AUGGCCCACCCCCAGGAGAUGGAGGUUGAGGGCACCCAGGAAGGCAAAGAGGUCUCGAGAGACCCCUCCACUGACCUUCUCUUAGUCGAGGAUCUUCCUGGGGAUCUCGAGGUAUUGACCACCUCCAUUGCGAAAGCCACAGAUUGGAUUCUGCGGGCUGCGCAUCAUGAUCUGCUCACCAUUGAUGGGGGCAAUGCCUUUGUGGCUCAGAUGACGUCCUUUGUGAACACCGUCAUGGCCACCGACUUUAGUCGUAUUCGUGGACCAGGCAAGCUCGACAACUUCUCGCUCGCCUCUCUCCUUGAGGCUGAGACAUCCUCCAAGGAUGAGCUGACAAUUCACCUGGCUCCUGUUUUCAGACCCCCUCCCCCUGCUGCCUGUGGGCCACGCGGUGAGGGUGUUGUUGAUGUCUUUGACGUCCCCAUGGCUUUGGACGACCUAGGUCGCCAGGCCUCCUCUCCUUGCAUCCCCGCUUCCAAGAAGUGCAAGGGUAUCAAUUGUCCAGUGCCGCCCCCUCCUCAGAAGAAGAGCAAGGUUGCCUACUCCCGCCCUGGUCUGCCCCUGCCGAUCAAUCGCACUACCAAACCCAAGCCCCGUCUGAUGAUGUGGGCAGGGAUUGCUCAUCAGGCCGCGCUGAUGCCUCCCCUGCCUCCUGGCUUGGGACUGCAACACCGUGGGCCUUCUCCCCCACCCUCAUUCCUGACAGGGCCAAUGAAGACUUCUCCUCAUCAAUCCAUCCCCUCUUUUUCUGAGGGCCCCACCUGGAAGCAGGUUCUCGUGUCGUUCAGGGGUACCCCUCCCGACCUCACGAAGUUUUUCACCGAGUCAGCCGUACAUGCAGCCAACGGAUACCUCAGGGAUGGCCGUUCCAUGUUGAAGGUCACCUCCAUUGUCUGUGCCUACGACAGUUUGUCGUUGGUCACCCCCGCCAUUGCCAGCCCGUCCGAUUUGGACAUACUGCGCAACUUUAUUUGCGAAAGCCUCCCAAUGGGUACUCCGUUCAAGGUUGCACUCCUAUUGUCGACAUCUUUUAUAAAGAUCCUUGAUGUUCCUUACUUCAAUCCGAAGGGGUUGAAGAUCACCCAGGAGGCACUUGAAAAGGCCCUCCGUACCUUGGUUCAUGCUGAGGUUUUCACAUAUCUGAGCACCAAGCCUCGGAUAGAUUGCAACUCCACACACUCGACAUCGUGCACGGUCUACUGCAACCUUUGGGACUCCCAGCAGGGAACCCAUGCCAAGAAGGCCCUCAGCCAACCGAUUUUCCUCGCUGGGCGGUCCUGCGCAAUCAGGCCUGCCGCGUGA